AUGGCUGUUUUCAAUGCUGUUGUCCUUGCCUCACUUGCUAGCGCGGCCGCUGCCAAGUCUGUGCCCGCCAACCUUCAGAAUCUCUACAACUCCAUUAUUGCCCAAGGAUCUUGCAACGACCAGCUCGCUUCUGGCUUCUAUAGCGAGGAUAACGAUGGUGGCACUACCUCUUACUGCGGUGACCAUCUUAACGACUAUGGCAUCGUCUACCUCCAGAGCACUGGCGGCAGGCUAGCCAACAUGGAUAUCGACUGUGACGGUAUUCAGGGAGGCCCUGCUGACGACGGCCGCUGUGGCGACUCUUCUGAUACUCAGUCCAUCACCGCCUUCCAGGAUACUGUCGCGAGCUACGGCACCGGUCAACGAGAUCUCGAUGCCAACGCUCACCCAUAUGUCGUCUUUGGUAACGAUGGUAGCAGACCUGGCUGGAAGACGUUCGAUCCUCAAAGCGUUGGCGUCGAGCCUCUCUCCGUCAUGGCUGUUGUUUGCAACAAUCAAUUGGUUUAUGGAGUCUGGGGAGAUUCCAAUGGCGAUGAUGGUGACUUCCCUGUGGUUGGCGAAGCUUCCAUUGCUCUCGCCACUGCCUGCUUUGGUAACGGCAUCAACGGUGACAACGGCCAUGAUCAAGAUGAUGUUCUCUACAUCGCUUUCACUGGCUCUGGUGCCGUUCCUGGCGCUCGUGGCGCUCAAUGGAAUGCUCAGGACUACACCGACUUUGAGAACAGUAUCAGCGCCCUCGGUGACAGCCUUGUCGCCCGUAUCGGAAACAGUUCCGGUGGUGGUGGUGGUGGUAGCUCUGGCGGAGGCGGCGUCGAGUUUGGAACUUCCUUUGUAUAUAUUACCAUCCGCGAGAUCGGAUGA